CAAGAUUCAUAAUUGCCAUUAGUCUGUUUGAGGCCAUAGAUGGCUUGAUCUAACCUGUAUUUUAAAUUCUGCAAGUUAAUUUUUACUUAUAAAUUGAAAAAAUUAUUAUAAUUAAGUUGUGUUUUUCUCUAAAGCAAUGGCCUUUUUGUAAAUGAAUAACAGACGAGAGAGAUGAUGGCAGUCUAGGCAAAUCAACAUCGGCCGGUCGUUCACGAAACAUGGCUUGGAAUAUCCUCCCAGCGUAGCACAUUCGGCGGAGUACCCACCUAAUCGUCUUCUCCACUCCACCACGAAGUCCACCACCACCACCACCACUCUCCUCGAUAGCAACCUUUCAACAGUCUCUGCAAAGUCACCAUUAAUCCUUCCAUUCUACUCCAACGAAAACUAGCAAUACACAUCCCCAGAUCCCAGAACCAGAACCCCCAAAGGCUAACCCCAAUCCAAAGAGAAACAAGCCUCUAUCUCUUUCUCUCUCUCUACAUGGGUACUGCUUCUCUUCCUGUGUCACCUGCAACCAAGCCCACGCCACUGCCGACCCAAGAAGAUGACCUUAUGAACCAAUCCACAGCUCUCCUCUCCUUCGACACCGAUGCCUCCGCCGCCUCUUCCCGUAAGCCCCCCGUCACCAUCGUCCUCAUCACCUCUCUGUUCCUAACCACCUCCGUUGCUCUCGCUGCCUCCGCGGCUUUCGCCUUCCUCUUCUUUUCCUCCCCUUCUCGUCGCGCCUCUAGCCCCGUUGAAUCCGUAGCGCGUCCCCUCGCGAAGCUCGACCGACCGGUCGUCCUGCUGAUUUCCUCCGAUGGGUUCCGAUUCGGGUACCAGUUCAAAACCCCGACCCCCAACAUCGGCCGCCUGAUCGCCAACGGGACUGAAGCUGAACUGGGUCUGAUUCCUGUUUUCCCUACUUUAACUUUCCCCAAUCAUUAUUCGAUCGUGACGGGUCUUUACCCUGCUUAUCACGGCGUCAUCAACAACCAUUUUUUGGAUCCGGUCACCGGCGAUGCCUUCAAUAUGGGGAGUCACGAGCCCAAGUGGUGGCUCGGCGAACCUUUGUGGGAGACGGUGGUGAAUCACGGACUUAAGGCUGCAACCUAUUUCUGGCCUGGUUCUGAGGUAAAGAAGGGUUCUUGGACUUGCUCACCAGGUGUAUGUAGACAUUAUAAUGGUUCUGUUCCAUUUGAAGAGCGGGUGGAUACUAUUUUGCAUUACUUUGAUCUUCCGAAGGAUGAGAUUCCUGUGUUUAUGACGCUGUAUUUUGAGGACCCAGACCAUCAGGGUCACCAGGUUGGGCCUGAUGAUCCCGAAAUAACUGAAGCGGUUGCUAGAAUCGAUAAGAUGAUUGGGAGGUUGAUCCAAGGGCUAGAGAAGAAAGGGGUUUUUGAAGAUGUUAAUAUAAUUUUGGUUGGUGAUCAUGGGAUGGUGGGUACUUGCGAUAAGAAGUUAAUUUUUCUCGAUGAUUUGGCUCCUUGGAUUGAUAUUCCACAGUACUGGGUGCAAUCAUAUACCCCAUUGCUUGCAAUUCGUCCUUCUCCUGGUUUAUCUCCUUCGGAUGUCGUAGCAAAAAUGAAUGAAGGAUUGAACUCUGGUAAGGUUGAGAAUGGGAAGAAUUUGAAAAUUUAUCUCAAGGAAGAUUUACCUAGCCGGCUCCACUAUGUGGAAAGUGAUCGGAUUCCCCCAAUUAUAGGGCUGCUUGAGGAGGGGUUCAAGGUGGAGCAGAAGAGAUCAAAGAGGAAGGAAUGUGGAGGAGCACAUGGCUAUGACAAUGCAUUCUUCUCCAUGAGGUCCAUUUUCAUCGGGCAUGGUCCUCAAUUUGUAAGAGGGCGAAAGGUGUCAUCAUUUGAGAAUGUCCAGAUAUAUAACUUGGUCACUUCAAUUCUCAAGAUACAAGGGGCUCCUAACAAUGGGACACUAUCAUUUCCAAAGACAAUUCUUUUAUCAUAGCCAACGAGGUCCACAUAGUAAGUUUCUUUGGAAUGGGGUUAUUGCAUAGGGAUGACAAGGCACGGCUGCACAGGCAAGCUGAAUUCCUUGUGGAGCCAUUUGAAAAUAUAUUCGCUGAAAUGGAUGGAUAUGGACAUAACCGUGUUCAGACCUUGCAGAAAGGUAAAAUUGUUAGUCUAGGAUUGCACAAGACCCUUUCUUGCUCAUGCAUGGUAGCAAUAAGAAUGGUAUUCCUUCAUUUUGUUUGGGUCCAAUUUUUUUUAUGUAUCAUGAGCUACAGAAGACUUGCAUUGUAAUAUUGUAAAUGUUGUAAUUGUUAUUCUUCAGGUAUAACGAAAUUUGGAUAUGAGAACCUAGAUUUCACGAUUAUUAAUGCAUUCAACUUUUUUU